CACAUUACGGCACGGCAGAAAUACUUCUUUUUUUCUGUCCUGAGUCACUGCCUUCCUGAGUUGAAGAAGUGGUGGUGUAUUUUUUUAUUUGAUAUCCAAACUACCUCGACCAUAUAGAACAACCUUUUUAAACCAACAUGGAGGAAGGUGAACAUGAUUUGUCAAAUUCGACUGAAAAUGUAAAAAAUGAGCUAGACGCAACUCCGCAAGUGGAUGAAGUAAUAGAAGAAACGGAGCAAAAUGGGGCCAGUUCCAAUGGAGAUGAUCUACUCGUUGCCUUUGCUUCAGCUGCGUUGGAUUCCUCCAAAGAGUCAAAUGAGACUUGCAGUGAGAAGAAUGAAUUUAUUGAUCCUGAUAAACCGCAGGAACCUGCGAAGGGAACUUGGUACACAGUAGGUUUUAUCAAAGGCACAACUUGUGAUGUGGUAAAUUAUCAUCUUUUAUCCGAUAUGGACUCUUCAACAGUUGACGAUCAUCCUGAACUAUCAAACUAUCCCACAGUUAAUCUAGAACCAGGUACAGCCUAUAAGUUCAGAGUUGCAGGAAUCAAUACUGUUGGCAAGGGUGAGUGGAGUAAGGUUACUGGGUUUAAAACACUUAUGCCAGGUUUUCCAGAAGCUCCUUCUGCGAUUAAAAUCGCAAAAGGUAAUGAUGGGGCACAUUUAUCUUGGGAACCACCAAGUGCUAACCCUCAGAAAAUUCUUGAAUAUUCUGUUUAUUUAGCUGUUGGAGGAAACGACACAGGAAAUCCAAUGACAGAGUUUUCCUUUAUUCGAGUUUAUUGUGGUCCGUAUAAUCAGUGCACCGUCAUGAAUGAGUCACUUCAAGCUGCACAUAUAAACACGAACUCUAAACCCGCAAUAAUUUUUCGGAUCGCAGCCAAAAACGAAAAAGGUUAUGGGCCAGUAACUCAAGUCAGGUGGAUUCAAGAUGACGUUGCACAAAAUAAAACCACGAGAAGAUCAGGGAUCACUGACCAAACCGGUCUUAUAAAAAAAAAACAAGAUGGAAAAUGAGACAUGAACAUUGUUUCUCCAAACAAAACCUGCAAGAAAUUUAUUUGUUUUGCUUUAUUUUUUCUGUAACUACCUAACUUAGGAAUAAGUACAAAGGAGGGUAUUUUUUGAUUUUCUUUUUACCACAAACAAUCUGGGCCAUGUUGUUUAUUAUACAUACAUACAUAUUUUAAUAAUAUACUGGUAAUUCAGAUAACC